GCCAAUCGGGGCCUGGCUUGGCCCACCUUGGCUGGGCUUGCUCUGGUGUCUAGGGUCAGCUAGACGGCUCGGCAGGGGACCAGCUGCUCUAGAAGAGCCUGGACAGGAUGAAUUGGUUCUCCUUCCAUGUGCAUCUUGCAUCCCUCCAGCCAAGGAUUUGAACCAAGGUCUCAUCUGACUCCAAAUGCACCAAGAGGAUGGAGCCCAGAGUGACACAGAGGAAGAGGUCCCUGGAUGGAUGCGUGGGGAAGCCCUCCUGCCCUUCCUUCCCCUCCUCCCCCUCCCCCCUCCCCGGACUGGCCCCGCCCCCACUGCCGGCCCCGCCCCCACCCACGCCGGAACUGCUGCAUUUAAGGAGAUUGCGCACCUGGAAAGGUCCACACAUGUGAGCCUCGAGGCGGGCUCCGGGUGCGGACUUGCCAUGGCCUCCGAAGCUUCUGUGCGUCUAGGGAUGCCCCCUGACCGUCUGUGGAUCCAGAAGCCCGGCAUCUACGAAGACGAGGAGGGGAGGACCUGGGUGACUGUGGUCGUGCGGUUCAAUCCCUCGCACAGGGAAUGGGCCAGGGCCUCAAACACCCAGGACAGCGCCUCCCACGGCAGCACAUAUGAACCCAGCAUCACGGUGCACUUGUGGCAGAUGGCAGUGCAUACCCGGGAGCCACUCUCCUCCGGCCAGAUGCCCUUCUCCCAGCUGCCCCCUGUGUGGCAGCUCUACCCCGGGAGGAAGUACCGAGCAGCGGAUUCCAGUUUCUGGGAAAUAGUGGACCAUGGCCAGAUCGACUCCAUGGAGCAGCUGGUCCUCACAUAUCAGCCGGAGAGGAAAGACUGACAGUGGAGUGGCUGGCCCUGCUGGCCCUGCCCAUCUGGCCUGGUGUCUCCUCGUGCCCCCUCAGUGAGGACCUUCAUGUACCUGCUCUUCUGUUUGCACACCCAGCAUAGCCUCCUUGCGGGCAGGAGGCCGUGGGGCCCCUGAACACUCAGCUUCUCUCAUUUUCCUCAGUUAUGAGUCCUGUCCUAUCCCGCUCGGAUCUGCACUUAGGGCAACUGGCCUGGAUGGACUUCACUAGGGGCCCUGUCUGUGCGCUGAGCCAGUUUCCCCUGCUGGCUGCAAGCUGUGGGUUCUCUUUCUCCUCUGUGCCCCUCAUGCUGAUCUUCUAGAUGCCACUCCCAAAUUCCCUUCAUACCACUGGGAUGUGUGCCCAGCCAGGCCUCCGGCACCCCCAGUGCAGCUCGUGAUUGGAAACUCACCAUCAGCAGGCAGUGGCUCGGUUUAAGAGACAGCCACAGAGGGAGCCCAAUCUGGAUGUGGACUCGGAUGCCCUGUGGGUAUCAGUUCUGCUGACACUUUGGCCCGAAAUAGAUCCAGUGCUGAGCCAGUAGUGUACCCAGAGCCUCAGUGAGCCCAUCUGCACAGUGGGGAGCGUGGAAGGAUGGGUUUGGCCUGUGCUUCUGCUUGUUCAGUUUUUCAGCUCAUGAAGGGAUGCUAGUCCAUGAAGGUGGCCUUGCAGUACUGGCUAAUUAAACUUUAUUGUACACUGUCCA